UUCUUGGAUCCUGCUGUUCAGAAGCCAGGUCGAGAAAAACGUCAUCAUCAGGCGACCAAUGUGUUUCCACUGUCCCAGCAAGCUGCUGUUGAACUAGCCUCUUCUAUUGACACUGUCGGUAGGUGAAGGUAACUGCUGCUGUUUGUGAGCCCAGAUGACGGCCUCCACUCGCAGGACGGUGCUGUCACUGUACACGCGGGUGUUUCGCAUCGCCCGGACCUGGCAGACACAGAGUGGAGUUACAAGUGACACAGAGACUGAGAGGAAAUACAUACUCCAGGAGGCCCGCACUCUGUUUAGACAAAACCAGCAGCUCACAGUUCAAGAAUCAAUAAAGAGGUGUAUUGAAGAAUGCGAAGCAAGGAUAGAAAUAGGUCUACAUUACAGGAACCCAUAUCCAAGGGCUACGUACCUACCACCACUGGGACUGGCAACUCAGAAAGGCAGGAAGCUGCGAGCACAGCAGCGUCUGAGGAAGCAGGCCAAGCCUAUAUACUUACAGUCACAUGACGAGACCUGAUGCUCGAUAUCCUCGCUCCUUGAGUUCAAGUUACCAAGGACAGGAAACUAGAGUGCAAUUGCAAGGUAAUCUCGCAGGCUGAGCUGCUGCAAGCACUCAGUGAUGCAACACUCAUCAUUCAGGAAAAUGCCAUUUUAUACUGUAAACUGCGUAAGCAUGAGUUCUAACUGUAGCUGGCCAGCGUCAGAUUCAGUGUGAAGAGACCUGUAAUAUAAGAUCAAGUUGUACAUUUUAUUUAUUUUUCUGCAUAAAAACUGUUGUAAUAAAUACUUCACAUUCUCUAUAUCAAAUAGAAUCAUAUAGAGGUAAAAGUUGGCGUUUAAUUUGUGUUUAAAUAUGUUCAUUUCAACAAUAUUAUUGGCAAGUAACCAAGCUGCGAAGAAACAAAUAAAGUUGUCUUCAAAUCUUA